AUGUACACCGCUGCCAGCGCUCACGAAGCAUCACUCCGGAACCGCAUCCAAGACCUCGUAUGUGACUACUCCCGGACACACUACACGACGGAUUAUGUGGAGUUUACGACUGAAGUUGUAGCUGAUUUCCUCGACACGCUGCACGAAAUCCCAACCAACAAUCCCAACACUUUGGUCUUACCACCAGAACCGAUGGCUGUCCUUCUGCAGUUGUACAAAAUUGAUUCGCAUGCAACAAGGGAAGAUGCGCUCACCAAGACUGUUCCGGAUGAGGAGUGGAUUGUGUACCCCGAGUCUUUGGCGUUGGUCAAAUCGGUGCUAGGAAUGCAGAAGGGAAGUGGAGGAGGGAAGUCGCUCCACAGUUCCAUGGCAAAAUCCAGCGUUCGGAUUAUGGAGGCCAACAAAGCAGUAGAGACUUACGGGGAUCUCAUGUCACUGUAUCAUCUCACUUCGACGAGAGAAAGGAAGCCUGGCCUCCGGACCCCUUUUCUAGUGGAGGCGAAGGCCUCGCGAGCGGCACUUUGGGAACACAUUCCACAAGUUGUGGCGCAGAGUAUCGCAAGUAUGUGCAUGAACAACAGGUUGGGUGAAGAAGUCACGGCUAUGAACUGGGUCCUUUCCGACGGGAUUCGAUGGCUGUUUGGGACAACUUCAAAGGCGACAGGGAAAUACACUUGCGAAUAUGCCGUCGCUGGUGAAUUUAACCUGAAUCUCAGCCAGGAUGCAUUUAAUGUAGACGAUACGACAUGCAAAGCACUCUUACAACUGCUGGAAUUCUGGGUAGGGCAUUUCUUCAUGGCACUGAAAUAA